AGUUGCGACAUUGGAGAUGUUGUUGGCUAUUGAACCAAUGCUCUCUAAUCAUGGACUUGAGUUAGCACCCGCUUUUCUCUCUAUCCAUCCAUCCUGUAUGUAACUUUACUAUAAAGGUCGAGUAGUGUUUCGUCUCAAUCAGACUCCGUUGAAUUCUCCUCCGUCUACAAUCCUCUCUCUCGCGAUUUCUCUUUCAUUCGAAUGGCGUCGGAUCUCGAAACUAGGGCUAAAGAGGCGUUCAUCGACGACCACUUUCAACUGGCCGUUGAACUCUACUCUCAAGCCAUCACUAUCAACCCUAGGAACGCCGAGCUCUUCGCUGACCGCGCUCAGGCCAACAUCAAACUCAGCAACUUCACUGAGGCUGUUUCUGAUGCAAACAAAGCAAUUGAGUUGGACCCUUCAAUCUCCAAAGCAUAUUUGCGUAAAGGCACUGCAUGUAUCAAGCUUGAAGAAUAUCAGACAGCUAAGGCUGCUCUGGAAGCAGGAGCUUCUUUGGCUCUCGGAGAUUUGAGAUUCACCAACUUGAUCAAAGAAUGUGAAGAGCGCAUUGCAGAGGAAAAUGGUGAGGUACCCAGUCAAUCGCUGGAUCAAACUUCAACUAGUGUUGCAGUUCCUUCUUCUGAGUUGAUGGAUAAAACUGUUGGAAUUACAAAAGUUGAUCUGCCGAUGGUGUCAAUCAAACCAAAAUACAGGCAUGAAUUUUACCAGAAACCAGAGGAAGUGGUUGUUACUGUAUUUGCAAAAGGUGUACCUGCUGAAAGUGUUUCGAUUGAAUUUGGUGAACAAAUAACUGUUACAUGCAAAAUAUAUUUUCAUCUCUCUUUCUUUCUCUUCUUUUGUUUGGGUUCAAAGCUUAGCGUCACCAUUGAUAUUCCUGGUGAAGAAGAUGCAUACACUUUUCAACCUCGGUUGUUUGGAAAGAUAGUACCCUCAAAAUGCAAGUACGAAGUUCUAUCUACAAAGAUUGAAAUCCGACUGGUAAAAGCUGAAGCUAUACAAUGGGCAUCUCUUGAAUUCAGCAAGGAAAGCACUAUUCCACAGAGGAUUAGUGUAUCAUCUGGUACUCAAAGACCUACUUACCCUUCCUCAAAACCAAGAAGAGUAGAUUGGGAUAAAUUGGAAGCUCAAGUGAAAAAAGAGGAGAAAGAAGAAAAGUUGGAUGGAGAUGCAGCUUUGAACAAAUUUUUCCGGGACAUAUAUCAAGAUGCUGAUGAGGACACAAGAAGAGCCAUGAGAAAAUCUUUUGUCGAGUCAAAUGGGACAGUGCUGUCCACAAACUGGAAUGAUGUGGGUUCCAAGGUGGUGGAAGGAAGCCCUCCAGAUGGUAUGGAGAUGAAGAAAUGGGAAUACUAAACUCUUGUUCUAUUUGGCUUCAUUGUAAUUUUGGUGUGAGGAUUCUGUUUGCUUUUGAAUUUGUCUAUAAUUUUAGGGGAAUCCAAAUAUUUUAUUUAAUACAUAAAACUGUUAUAUGCUGAAAUGACACAUCGGUGCUCCACGUUAGACUUGGCAUCAAGGCAUUGUUGAAUACGUCACUGAAUAGUGGAGAUAUCUAGUGUUUAUGGACAAUUUUUUUGGUUUUUCCUUCGAUGAAACGUUUUCCUUGUUUGAUGAACUUCUGUUGUUUCGUCUUCGACAAUUAAUUUAUUUAGAAGUUUGCCUUUUUCUGGUAG